AUGACACAACCAACCUCCAAACUUCUUCACCUUGCCACCAUCCUUUGGAUGUUCUGUCAAAAGAAAAAAGUCACGGAGACAGAAGAAGAAGAAGACGGAUCAAUGGCAGAAACAAAAGAAGACAUGAUCAGUAGUCUACCUGAUUGUGUGUUGAGUCACAUUCUAUCUUUUCUUCCGAUCAAAAACUCCAUUGCCACCAGCCUUCUGUCUCGUAGAUGGCGUUAUAUUUGGAAGAAGCAUCUCUCAGUCCUCGACUUCUCUGACGACUCAUUCGAACUCACAGAAGAACGAUCUGAACUCUUAGAACACUUCCAAACCUUUGCAGCUUUUGUAAACAAUGUGUUCUAUAAUCGCAUGUCAUCCAUAAUUCGAAAGAUGCGUCUCUCUUGUACAAAAUCUCUCAUUCAAGAAGAAAUUUGCACGGAUUCAAUCAACAGGUGGGUUAGCUAUGGCAUUGGGCCCCACCUCUUGGAACUGGAUCUCACAUUGUUUUCCAUGGACGUAUACCAAUUCAAGUUCCCCAUUUCCCUCUCUUCUUGUCCUAAUCUUGUAUCCCUCAGUCUUGUUGGUGCAAUAUAUUUUGACUUGCAAUGGUGUAAGGACAUUUAUUUACCAUCACUAAAGAAGUUGAAACUCAACAUUGGUUAUAUGGGAAUGCUUUCCAUAAAUGUCCUUCUCUCUGGCUGCCCUAUCCUAGAAACUCUGGAGAAUCACUUUUGGGUUAAGGACUAUGACAAAAUUUGCUUGCCACCUACAUUGAAGACAUUGAAAAUUAUCGUUGACAUUGACGACGGUGUGGCUUCCUUCAUGUUAAACGAGCUUGUUUUUUACUAUAUUAAUAGCACCAAAACCACAUUGAAUGAUGUUGGCAACUUGCAAUAUGUGGCGAAAGCGUCUCUUGAUAUUUUUCGUUCCUUGGAUUACUCUGAUGAUUUGGAUUUCACUUCUUUACUCAACCUCCUCACUGCUCUCUCUGGAAUAAAACAUCUAGCACUGAGUUGUUCAACAACAAAGGAAAAACCACCCUUAAAAAGAAGGAAUACACAACCAAGUGUUCCUAGUUGUCUUGUAUCACAAUUGGCUUUUAUUCAAUUUAAAGGCUAUCAAGGACUUCCAGAUGAGUUGUUAUUUGUUGAGUAUAUUUUGCGAAAUGGAUUUGCUUUGAAGACAAUGGUUAUUUCUGAUAUUUCGGUGGACAUAACCAAGAAGAAUGCCAUUUUCAAAAGAUUAUCUAAUGUGCCAAGGGCCUCUGGAAAUUGCCAACUUAUAUUUGACUAA